AUGUCGAAUUUCAAGGACUGGGCCCUUCAAUACGUGCUCUCAGACGACGAGACUGCUCAGAGUGAAAUUGCCAAAAAGGCGGCAAAAGAAAUCGAAAACACAAGAGCCAGCAGUGCGUCUGUGGGAAGUUGGGCUGCCUCCAUCCAGCCAUGGAUAACCAUCACCAAACAGGACGAUGAUAACUCAGACGACGACGAUGACGACAGCGGCAGCGGUGACAUAAUAGCACGGGCCAAGGCCCUGAGCUUCCUCGCCGAUACUCUCGAAGCUUUGGAUAAAAGCCUACUACGACCCGAACAAGUAAACAUGGUCGUUGGAUUCUUCGGCGCCAUGUUUUCUUACGACCACAAGGCCGGCAUUACCGCCUCGGCCAAGGCACUACGCCAGCUUUACACCAUGAAGGGAUUCAAGCCUGCAGUCGGCGUCAAGAUGAUCGAGGAGGUCUGCAAACUCAAGGAGGAUUUCAAGCUACAGACGGCAGCCACCAGACUCGAAAUCUACGAGCUAUUCCUCAGUCUCACCCAGGAUCAGUCAGUGAACAAUGAACUGCAAGACAAAUACGGCACAUCUGGCGGGUUCAUCGUCGAUAUCCUUCAGCUAUGCCAGAACGAGAGGGACCCGAGGAAUCUCAUGCUAUGGUUCAAACAGCUUCCCAUCUUCCUUACCGAGUAUUUGACAUCCGACCAAGUAACCGAGGAGAUCUUCAAGGCUUUCUCAGCAUACUUCCCCAUCACACUGAGGAACUCGGCUACCCCGAUCGGCAUCACUGCGGACGACCUCAAGAACGCCGUAAGGGCGUGCUUUGCAUCCCACCACAAGGUAGCCAAGCUUGCGUUCCCGUUCCUUGUUGGAAAGCUCGACCAGGGUGAUGCAAUUACAGUCUCGGUAAAACUCGACAUUCUCAAAACCAUCAAGGCCUGUGUCGAACAGUACGACAAUCCGCAGGCCAGCGUUGUCCUGUACGUCAACAAGAUCUGGAACUCUCUCAAGUACGAAGUACGAAACGGAGAGGUCAAGGAGACUAUCGAUGCUACCCUGGAAGUAUUGCGAGCGAUUGCCAAUAGGCUUGACGGUACAAAAACCCAAAAGUUCGAUGUAUCUUUGCUCAAGAACUACAUCGAUAUUGUGGUGGACGACUGCCGCGACGACCUUGCGAACCCGACAUAUACAAAGCAGGCUGGCCUUCUCUUGAUGACUGUCAUCACUACCAAUACCCGUGCAUUUACCCUUGAGAGUGCGGCUUUCGUUGACAUCAUCAGGAAAAACCUCCGUCAACCAAAGUCUCCAUCUCAUACGAAGGACCUGCUCCUUCUUCUGAACUCCACCCUGAAGUCUCGGGCAGAUCUUUUCAAGAACAGGAAACAAGGUCAUCCAGAGGACGAGGAGGCUCUCAAGACGGAGUCUAGUGCUCAUCUGGUAGCUCUCUACCACGAUGUCUACCUACCAACAUGGGCUUCAAAGUCGGAAGAGACUACAUCAGAGGUUCUUAAGCAGGUUGUUCAAGGUCUUGCUCUGCUCGCAACUCAGCAGACUCUUCGACCCGACGGGCAAAUCUCCUUGCUUGCUUCCCGUUCAGUUUGCUCCGAGAUCUGCUCUUUGUUGACGCAUACGUUAACCAAGGGCUUGGCGCUUAGCCAAAACGAUAACUCGGCCGACACUGCGGUGGAAGAUGAAGCGGUGCUGGCUCUGCAGUCAGUUGUUGCAACAUACACGGACGGGUAUGCGGAGCUCGUUGACAGAGCGAAGGUUGAAAUCGAGAAGCGCGACUGGACAAGCCCGUCCAAGUACACGUUGAAUGCUCUCCAAGACAUACUGUCUCGACUUGCCUUUAUUGGUUGCUCGCGUAUCCCCCUCAACAUCGCUCUCGAUGACGAACCUCCCAAGUCUUUUAAGCCCCUCCAGCACUUCAUCAAGCUCGCAGCAUCCAUGCAAGAUCUCUUCCCUCUGUCUCCACUCCCCACCUCGGAAAAGGAGUCGCUGGCGAACUCCUAUGUCAUUUCUGCGCUCCAUGGAGCCAUGCUUCACUUCCGCGAUGCUUGUUUCGAGAAGUUCGGACACAAGGUAUUGGAAGCGUAUUCGGGGAGUGACAGGAACUGGAUCGAGGACUUUCAAGGUCUACCGAAGAACUGGCUGCAUCAGCUGCAAGGAGAGAACGGCUCGUCCGAGGUGGUCAUCAAAGAGGAUGACCCCGAGGUUUACCGCGAGUUCCUCAGGAUUAGCUUGUUCAUCGUCAGGCACCUUUACAGGGAGGCUGCUUACGGGAAGCAAGCCCCCUGGAGUGAGCGAGUCUUUGCCCAAGUGGCCAACCUGGCAGCGCUCGUAGUUCGGAGUCUCGAAGAGAACCUACAAAAGUCCUGCAACUUGGCCCAAAAUGCCUUCAACUUCUUUUUCUCCCAAGACCUGUCGUCAUCUGGGCCGAGCUCGCUCGCGCCUUUCAGGAAGUUGCUCAUUCUCGGAAUCCUUCAAGGACUUCGUCCCGCAGCAAUGACCGAACUGUACGCACCGCAAGGUAUUGCCGAGACCUUCAUGUGCGACACCUCAAGAAUGGCUACCGUCCUUUUAGCAGUCGGCGAGAUCCGCGGCACCAUCUGUGCCGUUCUAGCCAACAAGUACAAGGGCGGCCAAUCCACCUUCGACCCUGAGUCCGAAACCAUGAAGCGAGUCCUCUCCUUCUGGGGCGAGCAGCUCAAGACAGCCAUCAACACCGACAAUACCGACCCGGCCAUCUUCGAAGUCUACAACACCGUUGCCAUGCACACCAUCGCCGGCGCCUGUGGCCGACAGGACAAGAACGUCCUCAGCCUAGUCCCCAUCCUGCACGAAGCCAUCGCCUCCCCAGGCCCGAACGGCGCCAUCGUCGCCCGUACCAUCGGCGGUCUGAUCAAGACCAAUGAGCUGUUGACCUCUGAAAACCACGCCGUGGUGAAGCGCUUCUACAAGCAAUGGGCCUACACGCACUUCGCCAAACCUCUCUAUGACCUCGCCCUGCCCACAGGCGACGAAGACACCGCUUUCGCCGCAGGCCGUUACACAAUCGCCAUCCUCUCGCUUGUCUCCAACUGUCCCUUCGAAGUCUACCAAGAAGAUCUUCCCGCCCUUGUCCGCUUGCUCAUCACCGCUCUCAACAACAACUCCUGCGCUUCCGCCUCCAAUGGAGGGGAUAUCACCCAACCCCAGGUAGCCACCUCUCUCGAAGUGCUCGUCGAAAUCUUGUCUCACGAGCCGGAGGCGCUCAUGGGACACCUGAAGGCGAUCAUCACGGCGGGCAUGAAGACGUACGAGGAGGCUGCGGCUCAGAAUACCAACAAAGUGUUGGCGAGAAACCUGGCGGCGGCGAGGAAGCUGACGCUGCAGUUGCUGGGAGCGAUCCCGAAGAAAUUUGAGGAGAGGCAUCUGUUACCGUAUGCGCUGCCGAUGCAGAGGAUGUUGGCGAUGGCUAGUGGGGACAAGAGCAGAGAGGCGAGGAAGGUGGCGUUGCUUGCUAGGGAAAAUUGGGCUAAGAUUUCUGCGUAG